GCAAAGGGAAAAGAGACUGGUUUGAGGGGAUCUAAUUUCUAAAACUCGCCGUUGACUGGGGCUCAGUUUUAACGGUUCAGAAUUAUUUCGUUUUCACGUGCGCGUAAACCGAAAACCUCGCUGUUUUCGUUCAUCUCGAGAGAACACGAAAAAUUGCAACCGUUUUAAACAUUGGCUGGGAAUCCGCAGUGUGUGGACUGAAGUAUUGUUUUGGUUGUGGAAGAUGCGACUGGGGUCUUACCCAGAUCCCCUAUUCGCUAUUUAAAUCUUCCAGAGUGGACUUAAAACGGCCUUGUGGAUGCACUUAGAUGUCUGCAAUGACUGCUGUGGCUGGCAUGCCUCAGUGUUUUGGACUCCCUUUUUCUGGACUCAGUAGGACAAGAACUGAUCAGCAGAGAACGUCAUGAGCAUAGUCAUCCCAGUAGGGGUGGACACAGCAGACACCUCAUACCUGGACAUGGCUGCAGGCUCAGAACCAGAAUCGGUGGAGGCCAGCCCUGUGGUAGUGGAAAAGUCCAGCUACCCCCACCAGAUUUACAGCAGCAGUUCUCACCAUUCCCACAGUUACAUUGGCCUGCCGUAUGCUGACCAUAAUUAUGGGGCGCGACCCCCACCUACGCCGCCGGCCUCCCCUCCACCCUCCAUGCUGAUCCGACAAGGAGAGGGGGGGCUGUUUGUUUCAGGAGGACAGGAUGAAGCAUCCAGGGGCACCACCCUCAGUACAUCAGAAGAUGGCAGCUACGGGGCUGACAUCACUCGCUGCAUCUGUGGCUUCACCCACGAUGAUGGCUACAUGAUCUGUUGUGACAAGUGCAGUGCCUGGCAGCACAUAGACUGCAUGGGGAUUGACCGGCAGAACAUUCCUGAGACCUACCUGUGUGAACGGUGCCAACCACGACAUCUGGAUAGAGAGAGAGCCAUCCUGCUUCAGACCAGGAAAAGAGAGUGCUUGUCCGAUGGGGACACCAGCGCUACAGAGAGUGGAGAUGAGGUUCCACUAGAGCUCUACUCCACCUUCCAACACACACCGACCACCAUCACCCUGACAACUGGGCGCCUUGGCAAUAAGCAGACUGAUAAGAAGCGUAAAAAAAGUGGCGAAAAAGAUCCUCCAGCAUCCUCUGUCCGAGCGAAAAAGGCCUUCAGAGAGGGAUCCAGAAAGUCCUCCAGAGUAAAGGGUGCAGCUCCAGAGCAGGAGCCAAUUGAGCACUCAUCUCUGUGGGAGAAUAAAAUGAAGACAUGGAUGGAGCGUUACGAGGAAGCCAGCAGCAAUCAGUACAGCGAAGACGUUCAGGUCCUGUUGCGUGUUAAAGAGCAAGGCGACGGCAAGAGCCUGGCAUACAACACGCACCCUGCUUCUUUCAAACCCCCAGUAGAGAGUCAAAUUCAAAAGAACAAGAAAAUCCUCAAGGCAGUGCGAGACUUGGCUCCAGACUCCCUCAUCAUUGAGUACAGGGGAAAGUUUAUGCUUCGACAGCAGUUUGAGGCCAACGGCUACUUCUUCAAGAGGCCAUACCCAUUUGUGUUAUUUUAUUCAAAGUUUGACGGGGUGGAGAUGUGCGUAGACGCUCGCAGCUUUGGCAACGAAGCGCGUUUCAUUCGACGUUCUUGCAUCCCAAAUUCUGAAGUACGGCAUGUCAUUGAAGAUGGCAUGCUACAUUUAUACAUUUAUUCACUGAGGCCCAUCGCAAAAGGCACAGAGAUCACAAUUGGGUUUGAUUUCGACUAUUGCAACUGUAAAUACAAGGUGGACUGUGCCUGUGUGAAGGGGAACCCAGAAUGCCCGGUGCUGAAGCACAACCAAGAGCCCACUGAGAACUUAAGUUCUGGAGGCAGACGCAGAGGGAGUCGCAAGGAUUCUGUCCGGGAUGACCAAGCCCAGAACCAAAACAUGGCUUUAGAUGGAGAGGGGAAGGGAAAAAGCAUAUGUGACGGCAAACAGAGGAAACUCUCUCCUCUUCGCCUCUCCAUCUCAAACAACCAGGAUCCCGAGUUAUUUGAGGAUCUAGAAGACAAAACCUCCAUUAGCAAUGAAGUAGAGAUGGAGUCAGAGGAGCAGAUUGCAGAGAGGAAGAGGAAGAUGACGCGAGAAGAGAGGAAGAUGGAGGCCAUUCUUCAAGCUUUUGCCAGAAUGGAGAAGAGAGAGAAACGCAGGGAGCAGGCCCUGGAGAGAAUCGGCAGCACAAAGACAGAAGUUGGAGCCCGCGGUGACAUUAAGGAGGAACCUCCUGCCACACCCGAAACAGCAGAUUCUCCAGCUGUCAUGCAGUUGCCACUUGAAAUAAAGGAGGAGCCAGGACUGAAGCCGGCCAAGGUGAAACCAUCACGAAACAGGAAAAGUUUCUCAAGGAGCCGGACUCACAUAGGCCAGCAGCGUCGGAGAGCACGCACCAUCAGCACCUGUUCCGACUUGACUCCUAGUUCUCCAGCUGAAACCGCUAUAGAGCCUCUGAGCAGUGAAGCCCCCGAAGGAGAGACUCCUUCAGCACCAGAGCCAGAGACCUUCCCUUCACACGUCCCAGACAGCAGCCCCCCACACAGCAGCUCACCUGCUCCUGAGAGGAACCGCACAGGGAGCAAGACCUUCAAAACAAAAAAGGUCGUUAUGAGUGAGUGGGUGGGGGAGAAACAGCAGGACCGUGGUGCAGUACAGACACCAGAACCAGCCCCAGAGAGGCCGCUGAGAAUAAGCAGCGACCCUGAAGUGCUCGCCACGCAGCUAAAUGCCUUACCAGGCAUGACCUGUUCUCCGCAAGUCUACAGCACACCCAAACACUACGUCCGAUUCUCGUCCCCCUUCCUGGCAAACCGUAGCCCCACCACACCUGGAGUACCAACAGGGAGACGACGCUCUCGAGAGCUGCCAGAAACGCCGACGACCACUGGCUCCUGCAAGAAGCGAUGGUUGAAGCAGGCCUUAGAGGAGGAGGGGUCUACCAGCCCAGCCAGACGACCUAGCCUUCUAAUGGCCAGCGAUGGCCCCCUCAGCCCCUCUAUUAACGGUGACUCAGACAGUCCAGUCCUUUACAACGGCGCUUGUUCAGUACCAGAAUUGCCCACUCCUUUGAAAAAACGGCGUUUGAGCCCAUUAGAUGCCUGCAUAUCUGAGAGCUCAACACCCUACGGUUCCCCCUGUGCCACACCCACCCGGACGGAUCAGUCCGAGACGCCUGGAACGCCCACCUUACUGUCCACCCCACCUCGUCCCCGAACAGAGGAGCAGAAUACAGAGCCCUUGCCCAGCACCCCGGCUAACAUAUGUAUUGCACCUCAGGAGAGUGAAUCUUCAGAAGACAAUUCACCGGAGGUUGCACGGAAACCAUGUGUGCAAGAGGCUGAUCGUCCUCCGUCAUUGGUUUCCUCUCCCAGCGUCAGAGCUCCCAGUUCAGAUGGAGUCUCAACAGAAGUCAAGGUGUCUGUUUCAGAGAGUCCACAGCUUCCAUCUAGUGAGUUGGUGGACUCCGAAGAGGACAGAACAGAUGGUGGGAUCCUAGAAACUGCAAGCGAGACUUCUUUAAGUGUAGAAACGUGCGCUUCCUCUUAUUCUGGGUGGAUCAAAAGCCCGGACAGAGGCCCGACUGGACCAGCUGGCCUGAACUUCUCUCCAGUCAACUCAAACUUAAGAGACCUCACCCCCUCUCAUACCCUGGAGCCCCUGGCAGCUCCCUUUAGGCCUGAGCCCUCAGCUGGGCCCGCAGCAGGAACAGGGUCACUGGCUGGCUCUCAGCCUCCGUUUAAUGAAGCCCAGGGACAGCUCUUUUACCCCUGCUCCUCUGAUGAGGGGACUGUACUCACCUUCUCGCGUUCACUGAACGGAGACGGCAGCUGUGAUGGAGGGUCGGCACAGAACCCUCCACAAAAGAAAAAGGUUUCCCUGCUUGAGUACCGAAAGCGACAGAGAGAAGCUCGUCGCAGCGGUUCCAAGACCGAGUGCAGCUCCCCCGUUUCCACCGUGCCGCCUUUGACCGUGGACGCCUUUCCUGUCGCGCUAGAAUCGACCAGCGAGCCUCCUUUACCUCCUGCUCCCACAGCUCCCAGUAACGCCACCGUAAAUGAGCCUCAGACGAACGAGGAGAGGGAGGCAGCUGGAGAGAAGGAGGGAGGAGAAGGACAGUGGAUGUCAUCAACUUCUGUAGAACAGGCGAGAGAACGCAGCUAUCACAGAGCUCUGCUGCUCAGCAAAGAUAAAGACGCAGAUGGUGAGACAGAAGGCGGCGACACGACUGCACCGAGAGAGUGUGCUUCUCCAAGUCUUCAGAAAACCCCAACCCACACACCCUGCUCUCCUGGUCCUCUCUCUCAGCCUUCCUGUCGACCAGCAAACGAAGAAGACGGCGAAGGUCAAUCCUGGGUGCCGAAUCCAAACAGCCAGCCGCUAAACAAGCCCACAGGACCCAAACCUGCCCCUCUGACCCCCACAAAGCUGCACCCCACCCCGUUACCCUCUUCUCCUGUCCAUUACCCAGGAUCCUCCCUCCUCCACUCCCCCAAACCUCAGCCUCAGGGGUCGCCCUAUCGAGGCCAGAGGGUGCUGUUUUCAAACCAGCCUCAAAACCAGCCUCCGGCUCAGCCCGGCCCUGCUCCUUUUCCCCAGUACAACACACAAAGCGCACCCCCACCACCUCCCCCUCCUCCACCGGGACAGCCUGUCUCUGCAGCCUAUUUCCCUGGUCAGAGCCCCUCCCCUGCCGGACCCUUCCAGGGAUUUAAACCUGCCGUCACACCGCCCUAUGUGCCGUGUUCUCAGCCCUUGAUGCAGACUCUGCCCCACAGCGUUCACUAUCAGACUUCUGCUGCUCCCCCUCCUCCUCCCCCUCCUCCCCCGCACCCCAUGCCCGGUCCUACCCUGCUGCACGUCAACCUGCAGCCCCCUCCCCUCCAGCAGCAUCAGCUCAUUCUGACUACCGCCCCACCUCCACCUUUGCCCCUGCAAGGACAGACCUCCCAGCAACAGCAGCAGCCUCCUCCCACUGGCAGCACCCUUAUGUCCCUCACCCCUCCCCCACCUCCUCCCCCACCGCCCCCUGCCCCCUCGUCUAACACCCCUUCAGCCCCACCACUAUCAGAACUUAGGGGGGUUUCAGCCGACGUUGAUGCACCCCGGUGCUGCAGCGACUGCUUCAGUACCCCCAUCUACGUACCCCCCACCCCUUCAGCAGACUGGACUGCCUCCCCCUCCCCCGCCUCCACCACAACAGACUCAACAAGGCCAGGCACAGGCCACUGCCCCCCAGAUGCCUUCUGGGACUCGUGGAGCUCCUGCAUCCUCGACCCCAUUCCACAGCUCGGGGUACCUGAGCACUGGGUGGCAUUGACACCCCCCCACCUAUUCAGCCCUUGAGAACUCUGUCUGAGAGGGGCGUGUACCAUAAGCUGUAGAUAAGUUUUCUAUGUACCUGAACACAACACGGCCAGUGGAAAAACAGCUGAUUGUGGGAUGGAUGGGUACUUAAAAGAAAAAUACAGAAAACGAGGAAAACAGACGGUAAAAGGAUCUUCAAGACAAACUGUAGGAAAUGAAGAUGGACCCCCCCCCCCUCCGGUGCUCAUAGCCCUCUCUCUGGCCUCCAUAUGUUUUGUUUUUUACAAUAUCCUUUCUAAGAUAGAGGAAAUCUGUAUCGUUUGGAAUCCCAUGUUAAGACCUACACUUUGUUUAAAAGUGGACAUUCCAGCCUCCCUGUCUCCUUUUUUAAAUCAGUUACUCCUUAUACCUACUCGUCUGUCGUCUGCUCCUGUACACAAGUUAACGUUUUAUUCUAGUGGCUCAUUAUAGCAAAGAGAAAGCUUUUUGUAUAGAAAAAAAAAAACAAUUAUUUUUUUUAAUCCUCUGUCUAACAACAAAUAUCUGUUCACUGCUGCAGAUUCAGGAAAGAUCCAUUUCGGGGUGCCCGCCUCUCUGCCUCAGGAGGGCGCGCUCGUGUGCGUGCAUGUGUGUGAGAGAGUUUGUGUAUCGAGUGUUUGUAGUCUUCUGAGGCAGACAGACUGGUCUCACCCAUAAGUAGGAUAUUAGCGGUUUAUUUUUGAAUAUCAAUGGUUAUUUGUAGAAAGUGUAAUUUAAUGUAUAGGUGGUUACUUCAGCUUUCACCAGAAACAGGUUGUAAAUAUUUGCUUUUCUUUUCUACGCUUGUACAAUUCGCUCCCAUCCCAUUUUGAAAUAUGGUUGUAAAUAUGAACGCUCUUCUUGGCAAAGCUGAAUGUUUCUGUGACUGUAGCAUUAUUUUUAUUUCGUUUCCCCCCAUUGACUAUUCAACUUUUGUCUAUUUUUUUUAUUUGUGUGUGUGUGAGUGUAUGUUCGUGUGGAGGAGAGAGACUCACAGACACUGCACUGG